CGGGGGGGCGGUGCGGAACGAAGCGGCCUCGUUCUCUCGUCCGCUCGCACUGCUGGAUCUCCGUUCCUUCCUCGUCGAAGGAUGGAUGUAACGGGGUGAAGGUCUUGCGAUCGUACAACGGUUUGAGGAUUUGGGGAGCUCUGUCUCGGUGCGGCUGCUGGAACUGAGGGAAGGCUCCAGCGGCGGUUUGUUAAACUGAAGAACGGUGAUGUCAAGCCGGUGCUCGUGUCACAAGCAUCUCCCUGUCCCCUGCUUGCAGUGGGUAUGACCGGAGGAGGGGCUUCCGGGUUUGUCUGCCGUCUGCAGCUAGAAAUCACUGCUUUCCACUGCGGUUCUAACGGCGUGUGUUUGGCGUUUUCUUCACUGUUUAGGACCUCGUUUUGUUCUAAUUUUUGUCUACGCCCAGAUGAUCGUAUAUGUAAGGAGCUGACUUGUUCUGCUGCAACAUCUCUGGGCGACAGCUCUUUAAUUUCUAACAGGCAACAUGGGUAUCUGAGAUAGUUUUAUUGCCACGGAGCUGUAAUGUCCGUGUUAAUAGUAUGCGUGCAAAAUGAGAAGCAGAGCACUAUAGGCAUUUGACUCCUGCUGCAACAGCUCAGUUUUGUACUAGAAAAGCUACAUACAGCUCUCCAUCAGCUGUGAUAUGCAGUGUUGUGUAGGAGAAAACAGGUUGAUUUCUUUGAAUGUCUUCUCUAAUUAAAGAUACUCUCAACUCCUUAAAGUUUUAAAUAACUAUAAUAAAAUAUUUAUAAAGGCUAACUCUUGGGAUCUCCAGUGUAUAUUCUGAAAAUCUUAAUACUCUUUUUAAUAAAUCUUCUGUUUGAUUUUUGAACAAGAAAAGCGAAUUUCUAGCGGUAUUCAGACAAAUUGUAGUAAAUAUCCAGUAUUCUUAUUUAUGACUUUAUAUUAUCUGUAAGAAGAACCGUAACAAUAGCAGGUGACUUCAUGGAAGCUUUAUUAAAGCAAAGCAAAACCACAGCAGUCCUUUCUCCAUACAGUUAAAACCGUCUCAAAUUUUGAGGAAACAGUCAUAGAAUGGCUUGGAUUGGAGUGCACCUUGAAGAUUGUCUAGUUGGAAACCCCCUGCUAUGGGCAAAGUUGCCACCUGCUAGAUCAGACUGUCCUGGAUUUCAUCCAGCCUGAGCUUGUAUGCCUCCAAAUAUGAGACAUCUGCAACCUGUUCCAGUGGUUCACGAACACCUGAACAAAAAAUUGCUUCCUAACAUUGAACCUAAUUUUCUUCUCUUUUAGUUUAAAACUGUUCCCAUCUCACUAUCACACUAUGUAAGAAGUCAGUCCCCCUUCCUGCUUGUAAGCUUUCUUGAAGUACUGCAAGGCUACAGUAAAGGAGUCUUCCCCAAGCUAAAUAAGCCCAACUCCCUCAACCUUUCCUCAUAGGAGAGGUGCUCCAGCCCUCUGAUUAUCUUAGUGGCCCUCCUCUGGACCUGCUUUAACAGCUCCACAUCCCUCCUGUUCUGUGGGCCUCAAGCUUGGACACAUACAGUCAGUGAAGCCUCCUAAGGAUAGAGUAGAAGGGACAGUCACCUUCCUGCUGGUAAUCCCUCUUUUGAUGCAGCUUAGGAUACUAUUGGCCUUCUAGGCUGUAAGAGUAUGCUGCUGGCUCAUGUCAAACUCUUGUCCAUCAGGACACCUGAGUCCUUCUUUGCAGGGUUUCUCUCAAUGAAUUCUUUGUCUCUACUUGUAUCUUGGAUUGCCAUGAAGAACUUGUAUUCCAGGAGGCAUGGAUAAAGGUCCAGGGAUGUGAGAUGUUAGAGCAGGUAAAUGGGUACGACUUCUUUGAGGGCUUGUAUAUCUCUUAGAAUGGUACUUGGCUGAAACAAAAUUGGUGGAAGUAAAACCAUGACCAGGCUGCCCUCAAAUUCUUCUAGGCAGUUUCCUAGUGUGCUUGUCUUCCUAGCUGCUGUCUAUGCCAUUUUUAUGUUUGUUCUUCAGACUUUGAGAAUUAGUUGUUAUUGCUUACUGACAUUUAAUUUUUAGGAAGUUAUUUUUAUUGUUUUCUUAAUGAAAUUGACUUAUCAACUUUAAAUGAGUUUAUUCAAAUGAAAAUUAAUAAUUCUGUAUUACUAUUUGUCAACUCUGAGAAUCACUGAAAUACAAGUUGACAAAUAAACCUUUUAAAAUACUUGCAACCCAAAUACCCUUAAACAGUCUUCAUUUACAAAACAACAACAAACCUUCACAAUUUUCUCCUAGAGUUGCUCAUUAAGCAGUUUAUUAGAUGAGGAAGUGCAAAUAAUAAAGUUGAUUGAAUUUCCAAUGCAGAUAUUAUAAAGAGAAAAAAAUUCUGUAGGUGUGUCAAAGUUCUGCUGUUGUAAGCAAUCCUACUGAGUGCCAGCAUUCUAACAACAGGUCUGUGUAUCACUUUCUGUGCAGAUUCUGAUGUCUGAAAAGGGCCAUACUGCAGCCUUUUCCUCUCUGGAUUUUCUAUUAGGGUUUCUAUCUGUCCUCAUUAAUUUUCUAGUAACUUCUUAUUGUUUCAGAUUUUGAUGGAGAUGCAUGCAUGUGGAAGAUGUACUCGUAUGUUGUUGCUCCAGCUCUAUUCCAACUCCGUAUUUGAUUGGAUUGCAGUUGUCUUGUUUCCACAUGAAUACAAGCUAAAAUGGUACUGAAUGAUACAAGGGGAAAAACUCGCUGUGUUAAUUGGCACAGGUUUCCCAGAGACUGUUAAAUCUGUCCAUGCAGGUUUUGAAGACGUGAAUAGGCAAGGCGCUGGAUACCCUGGCUGUGAUUUGUCCAGAGGUCUUUGCCACUGGGUAUGAGAAUUGUUCUAAGAAAUAGGUGUAAAAGGAAGGCAAGUGGGAGCUUCUGUUUUUGUGGUGACUUAUCACUUCAAAGAGUUGAAAUGUGGACAUUUCCACUUCUUUUUAAUGUGAGUUAGUCAAACAUAAUUACCUGGUGAAUGACCAGCGUUUGUCUUUGACAGGUAAGACACUGUUCACACAGUUACCUUGUUGUUAGUAUUAAGAUACUUGGUACUACUGGAAGGAGAAGAGCUGCAGUAGUAAUCUCUGUUGGAAAGCUGGAUGUAGUUGUAUCUUAUGCGUGAGUACAGGUAAUACAGGACUGAAGGGAACCAUGAGUGUUGUGUAAUACUUCCAGUUGUGUGUAUCAUGGAGUUGUAGCUGUUUGAACACUGGAUGUCGGAAUAUAUUGGUGGAUAAAAUGCCUGAUCAAUGUCUGAAUGCCUUGUUUAGAACUGUUCAUAUAAAAUAAGUUGAGAUCGGGACAUCAGCUGCUGCAAGGAUUCUUUUACCAUGCUGUUAACUUCUUGGGAGUUUCCCUUAUGAAAUGUGCUCUGUGUAAACUUGGUGUGUUACCAAGCUUUUAGAAACCUCAGUUGAAAGUUAUUAGAAAUAAGCUUACUUUCAGCAACAUGAUUGAUCAAGAGUAGCUCAGAUUUAAUUUUACUGCUUUCGUGUUGAAUUUUGUCGAUUAAGAAUGGCAUGCAUACCAACAGAAGGUUGACUGCGUUAUGCAUAGAAACUGUGCAUGCUAAAGUUUGAAGAAUGCUCAGAACACAAAAGAAAUGAGUAUAAAAAGAGUACGGAUAAUAAACUAUAUAAUAAUCUGAGUAUUAAACUGAAGGUUUGAAGGAAUGAGCUCAGAAAGUUGAAAUUUCAUGACCGUUAUGGUAGAGUGUUGCUAUGUUUCAUGGAUACAGAACAUACUAGGUGAAUAACUUAAAAUCUUACUGCUAAGCAGUCUGUGUAAAGACCAGCUGAAUAACCUUGUAUGUAGUACAGAGGCAUCUGUCUUACUGGAUUGAACAUCAACUACUUGAAAACUGGAAAAUAAGUCAUCUAUACCCAAAAUUCUUUGUUGUUGUUAUUUUGUCUUUCUUCUAGAUUAAUGACUUCUAUUUCAAAAAGUUUGCUGGUCUUUAAAAGAAAAAAACAGAAAACAAAAAGCUGAGGUUCUGACCCACACCACUGGUGGUAUCAGAAUGUCUUCCAGACUCCUUGUCAAUAAAAAAGAUUAGAAAACAAGACUAGCAUCUGUCCAAUGGGGCUCACUCUCCAUUUUUCUCUACUCACCUUUCCUUUGCGGGGAGAAGAAGAGGAGAAUAGCAUGAAAAGUGCAAAAUGUUUCAAAUUCCUGUUCAAAAUCUUGAUAAUAUCAGGAAGGCUCGCAAAAGGGUGAAAGGCAUUCUUGUGGAACUUGGGCUUGACAGCUGCAGGGAAUUGUUGAAGAAUCUUAAAAGUUUUGACCCAGGUGAAAAAUACUUCUGCAACACUUCGUGGAGUGAUGUCUCUCCUUGGGAGUCUGUGGGCAAAAGGAAGAGAUACAGAACAAAGCCGUACUGCUGUAGUUUAUGCAAGUUCUCAUCAAAAUUACUUACUUCAUUGAGGAAUCAUUUGCACCGUUACCAUGAAGAUGAAAUGGAUCAAGAGCUUGUAGUACCUUGCCCAAAAUGUGUGUUUGCUUCUGAGCCAAAAGUAGUGGGAAAACAUAUCCGAAUGUUUCAUUCGUCUAAUAAGAGAAUACAGAACUAUACAGUUAGCAUCUUGGAUGGCAUGAAACAAUUCAGGAGUGACAUCAUUAACUUUACAUGUCUAAAAUGUAACUUUACAGACACGUUAUAUUAUAACAUGAAGAAACACGUGCUGAUGAACCAUUUUCAAAACUUAAUAAGUACAUAUUUUGGCCAGAGACCUGAUGAAAGUAAAGAAAAUUCUAUUGAGAACUACUGUAAAAAAUGUAAUGCUUCUGCAAACAGCCAAGAUUCUUUAAUGUAUCAUGUCUUGACAGCUGAAACACACAGAGACCUAGAGAACAAACUUCGGUCUGUAAUUUCAGAGCAUAUUAAGAAACCAGGACUUGUGAAACAAAUGCAGAUUGCUCCAAAGCUUCCCCAAAGCGUACCUGUAGCUGCUCCAUCUUUAGGUCCUCCUGUGGCCCCAGCAGGUUCCAUCUCAGCUCCAGCUUGUAUCCAACUUGCAUUCCCACAGAAUAAUCAAAACCAGACUGUGGUGCAGCCGAAAGUUCAGAAUACAGUCACAUCACUGACUGUUCCAAGUGCCUCUUGUAGUGUUCCACAUACAACUUCUGUUCCAGUUGUUGCCCCAUCACAUGUUACUCUUGUAUCCAGUCACCUUCCUGUAGGUCAGAAUAAUGUUAAUAUUCAGCCAUCUCCUUCUCAACCUCUCAUUGUUUCUCACAGGCUUCCUCUUAAUCAGCCUGUCACAGCUGGGGCUGUUCCUCUGAAUCAUUCUGUUGGGACCCUAAAUACAACUGUGGCCCCUGCAGUUCUUCCUGUUAAUCAACCAGUCAGGCCUGGACUCUUUCCUGUUAAUCAGUCUGUUGGUACUGUAAAUAGUCCAGUUGCAGCUGCAGCAUUACCUGGUACUCAGCCUGUCAGCCCUGCCAGUCAACCAGUUGCACCAGGAGUUCUCUCAGUUAACCAUUCGGCUGAGAGUGUCAACAGACCCGUUGGUCCCACAGUCCUUCCUGUGGCUCAGACAGUUGCUUCAGGAGUUCUACAGCUUAAUCAGUCUGCUGUGUCUGCAGUUGUUCCUGUCAGACCGCCUGUUAGACCUGGCUUUCUUCAGCUUAAUCAACCUGUUGCCCCAGCAGUUAUCCCAGUAAACCAGUCAGUCAGAUCUACAGUUUCCCAAAACACAACUUUUUUGGCUACAGGUUCUAUACUUAGGCAGUUGAUUCCAACUGGGAAGCAGUUUAAUGGAAUACCUACCUACACACUUGCUCCAGUUUCAGUUACUUUGCCUGUACCUCCUGGUGGUGGAGUAACUGUGGGAACUCCACCGCAAGUGCCUAUCCAGCUAAUGCAGUCUGGGACAGUAACUCAGUUAUCUCAGUCACCAGCUAGUGCACCCUCUCCUCCAGUGGUUUUAACAACUCCGAGUAUAUCAUUACAAGCUUCCCCACCUGAUUCUGAAACAAGUCAGACCCUUGGAAAGGCGAAGCAGUGGAAGAUUUGCCCUGUUUGCAAUGAGCUUUUUCCAUCAAAUGUCUAUGAGGUGCAUAUGGAAGUGGCCCACAAACACGGUGAAGUAAAAGUAGAGGAAGCCCAGGAGCCCGACAAACUUGCAGCUUGUGCACCCUUUCUAAGGUGGAUGACAGAAAAGACGGUCCGAUGUUUCUCUUGUAAAUGCUUUCUCUGUGAGGAAGAGCUCAUGAAACAUCUCCUGAUGCAUGGCUUAGCUUGCUUGUUUUGCACAGUGACUUUCCACGACUUAAAAAGCCUUGCGGAACACAAUAGAUCUACGCACAGUGGCAAAAAGCAGUUACAUGCAGAUUACAGCAACAGAGGAUUUCAGCUAGGUAAUGAGGCUCAGGGUGACCUGGUAUUUCCCCACUUUGAUUUCAGUACAGUGUUACCAGAAGAAGACAUUGGUGAAAGAGAAGUACACUUGGCAGUGCUUGCUGGAGUAAAUUCAAGGACGCUUGUCCCCAUUUACAUCAAAGUGAAACCUCAGGCAGCAGAACUGAACAAUGGAUGCAACAAAGUGUUCACCUGCCCGUUUUGUUUCAGUUUGUUUAUUAGUCAGGAAACCUAUGAAAUGCAUUUGAAAGAGAGGCAUCAUGUUAUGCCAACUGUACAUACAAUUUUAAAGUCUCCAGCUUUCAAGUGCAUCCACUGUUGUGGCGUGUACACUGGAAAUAUGACUCUAACAGCUAUUGCUGUGCAUUUGCUCCGUUGUAGAAGUGCUCCCAAAAACAGCAACUCAAGUGUGAAGAUGCAGCUUGAGCGUACUGAGAAGAAAGAACUACUGUUUGUGAAUGGAGAAAAGCAUGAUUCUGUAAUUAAGAGAAAGCAGUCUGAUACCUGCUUUGUUACAGAAGACCAAAAGAAUAAGGAACAGCAGCCACUAAGCUUAAGUACUGGACUAGCUCUGUAUUCAGAAGAUGAGUUGUAUUCAGGGCUAGUGCCUUUCAAACGACAGAAGAUUAGUAUUAGGACUGAGAUAAAGAAAAUUUCGAGUGAGGAUCUUCGUGUUCUAGCAGUAGAUCCCAGACAAUAUGAUCACAGUUCGUAUGAAACUCAAAAACAGUUUUUGACAGACUAUUUUCAUGUGAGGCCAUAUCCUUCAAAAAAAGAGAUGCAGUUAUUGUCCACACUGCUGUAUGCUUGGAAAAUUGAUGUUGCAUCAUUCUUUGGAAAAAGGAGAAAUAUAUGCUUAAAGGCAAUAAAUAGUCACAAACCAUCUGUGCUGCUGGGUUUCAGUAUGUCAGAACUAAAAAAUAUUAAGCACAAAUUAAAUAUAAAAGAUGAACCAUUAAAUAUGUAAAAAAAAAAAAAAAAA